UGAACAUCCGCGGUAAAGGGAGGUCCCUGCAGAUUUUACGAGUUUCAGAAAUCGGAAAUGAUAAGCUAACGACAAGGAUCGAUCUUUACUCCGAAAUCACGAUUUUUAAAGACCAUAGAUCACGAUUUUCGCCAUUCACGUAUCACGGAUUUCAAUAUGUACUUUUACGCUUCACGAUAAAAAAAAAGGCCGUUCACGGAUACGGAUAACCGUUACCGCCCUUGUGAGAAUGGGAGGCGUAGAUGGUUUCUCCCUCCUUUUGGUAGAAUCAAGCUCUUUUCCUAAACAAAGCUUUUUUAAAAACCUCCUUGUCUAGAAAAAAAAGUUGGGUUACUUUGACAACCAAAUCUACGUUGUCUAAAGAUAAAAAAUGUAAUUGACAAUGCUGUCAUCAUAGAGCUUUUAAAACGACAUAAAAUUUAUUUCAUUCUUUCGAGUUACACGCCUUGUUUUGACUACCUUAUUAUCUGUUCAUCAUGUAAAUCAAUACAUUGGUUCGUUUUCUAAAUAAUCAAAUAUGCCAAAGAAAAUACAAACAAUAGUCGAGCAUUUUUAUUUUGCCUAAACUUUCUGACGUUGUAAAGGAAAGAGCGAGAACACAACUACAAAAACAGCUUCUCAAAACGGCUUGAAUCGCAAACUGGGCUUAACAAAUAACAAAUAAAUAAAAUUGAAAAUAAUAUAGAGAUGACACAUGUACCUUGAUUGAAUAAAUACACAGACAAGUUGCCCGCCUAAUUGGAAAGAUGAUGCGCAAAAUACGGAUCAUCACCUGAGCUUUAUCCGUUUGUCCUAAUGGGCGUUAUUCUUUAGCGCGCUUGUUGUGUAACAUGUAUAAGUUUUUACACUUUGCUAGGUGGCGAAAAAACAUAACUGAAAAACUCCUUUUCCGCUGUAGGCUACCAAAAACCAUGACUGAAAGAGCAGUUAAGAAGGCACGGCUCCUAACAUACACAUUAGAAGGGAAAAUUUUGGAAUGUGUUUAUUUGGAAAAUGUUUGACGAGGCUAAGGAACUACGUCUUAUCGCUUCAUUGUUUGGGUAGGAAUACCGAAGCCAGUCCUCUCUACGGUGCGUAAAUGUGAGACCAAUGACAAACAAUUCGUCGAAUCCAUCACACUUGUUCCCAAACUUCCCGCGGUUGCCAAAUGACGAAAUCGAGACGAUAGCAUCGAGUGUAUUUUAUAUCAUCCUUGCUUUGCUGAUCAUCGGGGGAAAUAGUUUGGUUAUUGCGGCAUAUCGUAGCAACCCACGACUACAGACGGUGACGAACAGCUUCCUAGUGGGGCUGGCAGUCAGCGAUCUUCUGGUGGGUCUGGUGUCUAUCCCCCUCUGGCUCUACUUCUCCAUCUGUCAGUACUACGGCCCAUGCACGCAGAACGUAGGCCUCAAGAUUUUCUACCCGACUGUAGACGUGUUCUGUGGUAGCGCGUCUGUGCUGCAGCUCACGGCGAUCAGCGUAGAGCGAUGCAUUGCCCUCACACAGCCAAUCAGGCACAGAACCCACUCGCCACGCUUUUACCACGCCAUGAUCGUGAUGGCGUGGCUGAUCGCCUUUAUCUUGGCAGGCCUUUAUCCAUUCCAGGUUGAGCGAUGGCAAAAGGCGUACACAGCGGUCCUUGCGAUCGUCUCUUAUGGUCUCCCCAUACUCAUCAUCAUCGUACUCUACGCCAUCAUCUACUCCACUUCCCGCAAGGAGUCCCGCAAGUGGGUUAAUCCCGAGGGAAUCCCGCGCAGGGUCACACACCAAGGGACCAAGAUAGCAGUCACGAUCGCUGUGAUCACGUGUCUGUUGGUGAUCGCCUGGCUGCCCUUUUUCGUGGUGAAUAUCAUAGCCACGUUUUGCUCGUACAAGGCUCUGCCGCCUUACCCCGCCCUACUACGGUUGGUCAGGUUCGUGAAGUGGAUGCAUUACAGCAACAGUUUCAUGAACCCUUGCGUGUACGCCUACCGCAAUAUAGAGAUGCGCCGGACAUUUCAACGGAUACUACCCCCCUUGCUCUCCUGCUGCUGCGCACCCUACCCCCCACAGUACUCCACCUCCCUCGGCCUGAUAAGGCGACAGUUCAACGUCAUUUCCGGCAACCCCGGUAACGUCAACCCCGGUUUCCAUGGCGACCAAGGUGAAGCCCAAGAGGGAAUUAACCGAGAGCAUGCUGGGAAGGGGGGUGUGGUGAUCCGGGCCGUCGUGUCACCACCGACUCGACUGAACCCCGUGCAGCUCUCAUUCGCGACUCAGCUAGACGUGUAGGAGUCGGGAGCGUGCGAUGGUUAAGUAUCGGGUGCGCGUCGCAACGUGAGGAGACAAAGACGCGCGUGAUAUUUUCAUCUACAGUUCACCUUCCCCACUACUUCCCACAACUCUUUGCGAAAAGAGCGUGAAACCGAGGUCAGUCGUCAAAAUGGUAAACAAGAUGGCAAAGUUUGUUUUCAUCCUCGGUUUCAACCGCUCGUCGCAAAAGUUGUGGAGAAGGUGAACCUUGAUGCAACGGAAAUCUUUUAAAAAGAAUAUUUGAAAUAAUCCCGAUUUCUAGAUUUUACGCUCCUUUUUUUGCAUUGUAGAGCUUUCUUUCGUAUUUGUACCGGCUUUGGAAAACUAUUUAAUAACAACAAUAAUAAAAGGUGGUUGAGAGCAUCCUAUAGACUAGAUGCUCUUACAAUUCAACAAAAAAUGUAUGUAAACAAAUGGAUGAGUUAUUAAAUGUGUUACAGACAAGAUUAAAAAUAAGAAAAUCCCAAACGACAGGAUUAAAAAUCGCCAUCAACAAAUUGAUUAAAGUUAAGCUGUACUUUAAAAACAUCAACAGAUUCAGUAUUUUUUAAUGACUCUGAAAGAACAUUCCAAAGUUUGGCGCGCAAAAAAGAGAAAGCUCGGUCACCAUAAUUUGAUCUGACUUUUUGAAGAAGAUCGAAGUGCACGAGAAGGUAACUAUUUGACGAGGAGAUCUGCUAAAUAGUCUGGAGCACAGCCAUUUAGACAUUUAUAGAUCAUAAGAAGAAUUUUAAAAGUGAUUCCUAGUCUAACAGGGAGCAAAUGGAGUUUAAUCAGAGUUGGAUUUAUGUGGCCCGCAAAUGACUCCCCUGUUGAGGCCACAUAUGUAAUAACCUGCCACAUUUGUUAUAACGGCCACAUUUGUUAUAAGGUAGGCCACAUUCAUGAAAGAAACAUCGUACGACAACCAAACUUGAUAGAUGUCAUGUAGGUGUCAAGGGGAGUGCAACCAGAUGGUCAUGUGAUGUGACGUAAUCAAUGACGUCAACAAAAUACCCAUAUCCCAUGAUAGAAGCAAGUAUGACAACCAAACUUGAUAGGUGUCAUGUAGGUAUCAAGGGGGGUGCAACGAGAUGGUCACGUGAUACGUGACGUCAUCUAUGACAUCAUCAAUCAUGUAAUCAACUCAGGGCGUUUGGAAAAUCAUGGAUUAUAGCAAGUAAUUUUCCUCAUAUCCUCUCAAGUGAGAAACUCUUUGUUAACAAUAAUCUUAAAAUACCGCGAAUCCGUGUAAAGCUUCAUAUCUGCGCUUUUAUCAAAUAUGUGAUCCACGGAGUCAGAAAAAAAGCUAGUUAGAAGUAUACACUUUUUUUAUAAGAACGUCUUAUUUUCACUUGAGGCUGGGCCGUUCUUAUUUUUGGGACAUUUUACACCCAUUUUCAAAUGUUUGCGGAAUCUCGGGUCUCCAAUUCUGUCAUUCGACAAGCCUAGUACUUCGUGGGUGUCAUAACCAUUCUCAAAUUAGACACGUCUCUUUUAAGAGAUCUAUUGAAAUCGAUCUCUCAAUUCAAACAUCACACUACAUGAAGUUUAUUGCUAAACUCUUCUCUCGGCGUGAUCCUUGCGCUCAAAACAUGAAAUCUUUUAGCGAAGAUAUGCGCUGGAGAGUAAUUUUCCAUCAAUAUUUACCAGCCUCAUCUCAAGAUAUGCACUGGAGAGUAAUUUUCCAUCAAUAUUUACCAGCCUCAUCUCAAGAUAUGCACUGGAGAGUAAUUUUCCAUCAAUAUUUACCAGCCUCAUCUGUUGAAAACAUUGCAGAGCACUCUUUGUUGGAAAAUCAUUCGCAUACGUCCGAGAAAAUGCUACUCUGAACACGGGGACAGACUGUUAAAAACAAGCUAAAAUUGUAACCUUUUCUAUCGUAUUUGGUGAUAAUAAAGUCAGAGAAUCGACA